AUGUCCAAUAACAUCGAGUGGGAGAACAAGGAUUACUAUGGGGGUGCAUCAGCUGCGAACGAGGUCAAUUACAUUGCGCAACGCUCAGAUGUAGAGGUGGCAUUAGGGGAAGAGGAACUUGCUCAUAGAAAUCCAAUAUUCCGCAAGUUAGGGGGCCUGUUCAAUAGAGGUGUAGAAGCAAGAGGUAUAGAAAGAGUUCCAGAGGACGAGAGAGAUGGCAAGCACACUAUCGGACUGUUGCUUCUAUGGUGGAGUGUCAAUAUGGUGGUAUCGACUCUGCCCAUAGGUCUCCUCGCUCAAGCAUACUACACUCUGACCUUCCAUUCCGCCGUUGCUGCAAUCGUCACUUUCACUGCUCUGGGUGCCGCCUUUACCGCUUUUAUUGCAACACUCGGACCUAAAACUGGGCUAAGAACAAUGGUCAUCACGCGAUAUUCAGUGGGAUAUGUCGGAGCAACCAUCUUCUCAUUCCUUAACAUCCUCACUCAGCUCGGUUUCAGCGUCACGGCGAUCAUCUUGGGCGGGCAAACUUUGACCAAUGUAUCGAAUGACAAAUUACCUCUCGAAGCGUCUAUAGUGAUCGUGGGUUUCUUAGCAUUGGUACUUUGCUUCGUGGGAUACGAAGCAAUGCAUUACUGGGAGAGAUAUGCCUGGAUUGUCCUUUUCAUCUUUUAUUGCUGUAUGUGGGGGUUAGCUGGUCAUAAAGGAUUCGAUAUGGGAGCGCAGCAGGCGGAGCAAGAUGUAGGAAAGUCAUACGCAGGUGAUUUUCUGUCGUUUGGGGGUAUCGUGUUUUCUUCUGCCUCUGGGUGGGCACCUGUCGCAGCGGACUUUAAUUGUAGAUUGCCUUCUACAAUUCGACCUUGGAAGGUCUUCCUUCUCACCUGGUUCGGACUCAUGGUCCCAUUGUUAUUUGUAGAGAUUCUGAGUGCCGCAUUAAUGACGGUACCGGAUUAUACUGCAGCGUUUGAGACCGGAGAUGCUGGUGGAGUUCUCGCUGCUGUUUUCGAGCCUUGGGGAGGAGGCGGAAAGUUUAUCCUCGUCAUCUUCGCUUUCAGCAUUAUCUCCAAUUGUAUCCCCAACACUUACUCCGCCGCCUUAUCCUGUCAAUGUCUGUUGCCCGCUUUUCAGAAGAUCCCAAGAGCAUUGUGGACCAUCCUCGUCUUCGUCAUCUACACUGUCGCUGCUGUUGCUGGACGCGAACACUUCUCAGAGAUUCUCUCCAACUUUCUCGCUAUACUCGGUUACUGGGUGGCAUUUUUCGUUGUCGUGGUCUUCGAGGAGCACUACAUCUUCCGGUACUUCUUCCACAAGCAAGGCAUUGAUUCCUCUGGUCCAGCGAGAGGGUACGACUUGACAGUGUACGAUAAUUGGAGAAGAUUACCCAUUGGUGCGGCUGGCAUCUUUGCGUGUUGCUGUGGUGCAGGCGCUGCGGUUGUAGGAAUGGCCCAGGUGUGGUACAUCGGUCCUUUAGGUGCGGUAUUUGGAGAAUUCGGUGGGGAUUUAGGCUUCGAGAUGAGUGCUGGUGUUACUGCUAUUGUGUAUCCUCCAUUGCGGUAUCUAGAAUACCGUUUGAUCGGGAGAUAG